GCGAGUGAUGGGGGUCAGUGAUGGCAGGCUCUGUCUCCUGGGGCCCUGAGGGAGACAGUAAACUCCCUUCAGGGUCUGGGCUAGCUACUCCUCUUUGAGCCGCAGAAAAUUUUCCAAAUGGUGAGAAGAUGACUGAUCAGCAGCGUAAAUUACCAGAAUGGAUGGAGUCAGAAGAGAUAAAAGAAGCUGAAAGUCAGCAAAAGGUUCCUUCUACAAAGAAAAAUGCUCUAGAGGACAAACUUCCCUUCUUGGAGUUUCCUGGUUCCAUUGUAUGCAGUUAUGAAGCAAAUGACUGUUCUUUCCUAUCGGAAGAUUUAAGGUCUUUUAUUACGAAGCAAUCAGCAAUCGGAUUUGACUUAGAGUGGCCUCCGACAUAUAUAAAAGGAAAAGUUGGAAAAGUUGCACUUAUUCAGCUAUGUGCUUCUGAGAAAAAGUGCUACCUGUUCCACAUCUCUUCCAUGUCAGGAUUUCCAAGUGGACUCAAAAGGUUGCUAGAAGAUGAAGCAAUUAAGAAAGUUGGUGUCGGAAUUGAUGGAGACCAUUGGAAGCUAAUGAGAGACUAUGAUGUUAAACUCAAAGGUUUUGUGGAAUUAACUGACCUGGCUAAUCAAAAGCUGAAAUGUGCAGAGAGGUGGAGUCUGAAUGGAUUGGUGCAGCACCUCUGUGGGAAACAGCUCUGGAAGGAUGCAUCUGUCCGUUGCAGUGACUGGGAUAUGUUUCCGCUAAGUGAUGAGCAACAGCGAUACGCAGCUAUUGAUGCCUAUGCUGGUUUUCUAAUUUAUGAAAAAUUGAACACUUUGGAUGUGAACAGAGGAAAACUGAUUAUUAGUAAUGAUGAUCAGAAAUUUCAGCCUUCCAUUUAUUUAAGAUCUAACCUGAUCUCUCUCGCCUGUGAAAUGCAGAAACUAGCUGAAAUGGUUCCAGUUUUGUAUGUUAGUGGUGCACAGAGGGCUGCAGAUAUCUUCAACGUCAUCUCUGAAAAUGUUUCUGCUUUACGGACCAUUUUACUUGAAUCGACACCAGGGAGUGGUGCAGAACAAGAGAAAGAAGUAAAAUCUGAAAUAUGUACAAACAGUCGAGCUGCAAAAGUCCAUUUUGAAAAUGAUUUAGAAAGUAAUCAAAAUACAAGUGGGAGCUACCAAGAAGUGAAACAAGAAGAUCACUUGACCGAAUCACCAUUAGAUCUCCAGAUUGGCAAGCAAGUUUGUGAACCAUGCUCAGAAUCCCAUGGGAAUGAUCCGAAUGAGAGUCGUGUUUCUGAAGAAUGCAACCAGAAUAAACGUGAGGAUUACCUGAUGUCUUUAGCCAUAACUGAAUAUGAGCUUCAAAUGUUGGAGCAGCAGGCAGAAGCAGAAGAUGCAGUGGAAAAUACUAUUUCCUCUUUGCCAAUCAAGCCACCUAAUGCUGAUGAAGAAGCUGAUCUCUCUUAUGUGAUUGAAAGUGAUGAGGAGCUGGAGAAUGAAAUGCUUGAGGCAUUGCAGAAUUUGGAUAGCAGUUCUGAAUUGGAGACUGAAGCAUCUCUCAAGAAUUUACCUGAUGAAGUUGAUGGAUCUGAGGAAUUUUGUGGGGUGGAGGAUGAAGAAGAUGAAAGUAUUAAGGAAGAGGAGGACAAAUGGGAUGCUUCAAUACCUGAGCCAAAUGCAAAGCAGAUCAAGUGCCUGAAGACUUAUUUUGGACAUUCUAAUUUUAAACCGGUACAAUGGAAGGUUAUCUAUUCAGUACUUCAGGAGAGAAGAGAUAAUCUUGUCGUUAUGGCAACUGGUUAUGGUAAGAGUUUAUGCUACCAGUUCCCAGCCAUUUACACAGGAGGGAUUACAAUAGUAAUUUCGCCUCUUAUCUCUUUGAUGGAGGACCAGGUACUGCAAUUGAACAUGUCCAAUGUAGCAGCUUGUUUCCUUGGCUCUUCGCAGUCGAAAAAUCUUUCCCAUGAACUGACAAAGGGUCAUUUCAAAGUUGUCUAUAUGACUCCUGAAUUCUGUUCAGGAUCUGUUUCAUUACUCAAGAAACUUGAUGACAGUGUUGGUAUAACUCUUGUUGCUGUGGAUGAGGCACACUGUAUCUCUGAAUGGGGGCAUGAUUUUAGAAAUUCAUACAGAAAACUUGGAACUUUGAAAGAUUUUCUGCCACAGACUCCAGUUGUUGCUUUGACUGCCACUGCCAGCCCUUCAAUUAGAUGUGACAUCAUAGAGAGUCUGAGACUGAAGAACCCUCGGAUUGUCUGUACUUCAUUUGACCGACCAAACCUGUAUUUAGAAGUUGGCUCUAAAUCUUCAGACAUUCAGCAAGAUUUAAAGCCAUUUUUAAUAAAAAGGGACACGUUCACUUUUGAGUUUGAAGGUCCCACUAUAGUUUACUGCCCGUCCAGGAAAACCACGGUACAAGUGACUGAAGAGUUGUCACGGAUGAAUAUUGUUUGCGGUAUGUACCAUGCAGGCAUGGGCAUCAAAGCGAGGAGAGACGUCCAUCACAAGUUUAUGAGGGAUGAAAUUCAGUGUGUGGUGGCUACCAUUGCUUUUGGCAUGGGGAUUAACAAGCCUGAUAUUCGUAAAGUCAUUCAUUAUGGAGCCCCUAAAGAAAUGGAAUCCUACUAUCAAGAAAUUGGGAGAGCUGGGCGCGAUGGUUUGCCCAGUGCUUGUCAUGUCUUAUGGUCUCCUGCUGACAUGAUGUUAAACAGACGGCUGCUGAGUGAGAUUAAAAGCCCAAAGUUUCGUGCCUACAAAAUUAAGAUGAUGGAAAAAAUAAAGAAAUACCUCACAUCAUCAAAGUGCAGAAGAAAUAUUAUCUUGUCCCAUUUUGAAGAUGAACAGCUCAGAAAGGCUACCCUUGGGAUCAUUGGCACUGAUAGAUGUUGUGACAAUUGUAGAUUAAGAGUUGAUAGCUGCACUUUGGCAGAUGACCCAGAAAAUGAAACGCAAGAAUUUGGGAAGGAAGUGUAUCAACUGUUAUCUGCAGUCCGUAUUUUAGGAGAAAAGUUUGGCAUUGGAGUUCCUGUUCUGUUCUUGCGAGGAUCCCACUCCCAGCGUUUGCCAGACAGGCAUCGUAAUCACCAUCUAUUUGGCAGUGGAAAGAACCAUCCUGAAAACUGGUGGAAGGCAUUGGGUCAGCAGCUCAUUAUUGAGGGCUUCCUGCAAGAAAAAUCCAGCUUCAACAAAUUUGCUACUAUAAAUACUCUGACUGCCAAGGGAAGAAAUUGGUUAAAUAAGGCAGCGAAUGAAUCCUGUCGCACUCUACGACUUCAAGCCACUAAAGAGCUGUGUCCACCUAUUCCACCCAAAGCUCAGGUUCAACCUUCAACCAUGCGUUCAAUAUCCUCUCCACAAUCUUCUCCAUUGGCCAGUCAUUUGGAGCUUCAGAAACCGUCACUGCGCAACAAGUUUGGACGAGAGAAGGGAAAAGAGAAUGAAAAGCUGUUUUCAGCAGCUGCAGUUAAAAGCCGUUUCUUUGUUCCACCUUCAUCUGGUUCACCGAUAAAAUCCAUUCCCCCUCAACAAGUCACAUCACCUAAGCAACUGGAACUGGAAGGCAAGUUAUAUGGCAAAUUAUUAUCAGCAAGGCAGAAAAUUGCCAUUGAGAAGGAUGUUCCCCCAGCUAUUUUGGCUACAAAUAAAAUACUCCUGGACUUUGCCAAGAUAAGGCCGUCGACUGCUGACAAUCUGAAACGAAUUGAUGGGGUAUCUGAAGCCAAAUCUGGAGUGUUGGCUCCCCUCCUGAAUACCAUCAGGGAAUUCUGUCAAGCUAAUGAAUUGGAGAUGGACAAGUUUUCUGUUUCAACUCACGUGGCAAAUCAACCAUUCGUCCAUCUGAACUCUACGUCAGGCCAUGUGUUUCCAAGUAAAACUAGAGAUUCAAGCAACUUGACUGUACCUGUAGUUAGUCACUGUUCGGCUGAUACAUUGAAAUCUAGUUACUCAAAGAACAUCAGUCAAGCUGGCACUCAUCAAUCAGUUCAAGAGCUGAACAUCAAUAUCAUUCCAGAUCCUCCAGUUACAUCAGAUCUCAGCAGUUUGCAAUCUGUUCAGAAGCAGCACAAUGGUGAACGUAUGGGACAGCCAGAAAGUUCUUCCGUCCAAACAAAAUCUCUACCACUUGGCACUCAAGCGGAAGAACUAACAUGGAUUGAAACAGCUGGAAAACACACCAGCACUUGUCAAAAAGUUCAACCUGGCGUAUCGUCUCUUUGUUUGGCAUCAUGGAACCAACCAGACAAUGAUACAAUUGAUCUAUUUGAUGAUCUGCCCACAGAGAAGAAGCAUGCAGAUGCAGAAAAACCUGAAGAGACAUCUUUCAUCCAGGCUACUGAGAGCAGUCAGAGCAUUCCAAGAAAUGUAUCCUCUACUAGCUUAGCAUCGUGGAGCCAGCCAUUGAUUGAUGUUUCUGUGGGCGAUUUGUUCGAUGAUUCACAGAAAGAGAUAUGCAGUCAGUCAACAAAAAGGAAACUGCCAGAUUGGUUUGGCUCUUCAAAUCCACAGAAAAUUUCCUGUACUAGCAAGAAGAAAGUGAAGAAAGGGAAAGGACUUUUCAGUUGAACCCUCUUCACUGCCAUUGGUUUUCUGAUAAACAUCUCAACACUACAGAGUUUGUGAUAGAGUAAGCACGCCUUUUGGGACCAGACUGUCUAUUUUGAGUGUCUUGCACUCAACCUUGUUCAGCUGGUGACAACCUGAUUCAGAGCAUUCAGCUUGACAAGAGGAAAGCAGCAGAAGAUGGCAAGAUGAUUUUUUUUGUUUGAAAAACAAUCUUGAAUGUCUUUGAACUCACUGUUAAAUCAGUUUUAAUGAUUUUCUUUUAUGCAUUGUGAAACUAUUCUCACAAUGGUUAUUUCUUGUUAUUUGUUAAGUCCACUAAUCUAUGCGGUGAAAUUCUGUUCUCUAUAGUUUUGGAAAUGCAAUGUAAUUGGGAUUCCUGAGCAACAAGUAAGAUAUUUUGAUGUUGGGCUAUUUCUCAUUUGUUUUAAAAGUCUGUACCUGUACUAUACAGUAAGGUACUAUGCUAUAACAAUAGUAUUGAUAACAUACCAUUAUGCUAUCAAUAACCUUUGUCACUUUGUGAUCCUAGAUAGAUUCUCUCUGGUAGAAAGUCCAAAGGAACUGCACUAUUGCACAACAUAUACGGAGACUGAUUCUGAUCAUUCUAGGUGCAUUGAGAAGGAUUGCUACACAUUAUAACUGGUGCUGCAAGUGCUCAAUAAUUUCAAGCACAAUCGUUCUUUGGUCCAGUUAUUUUUAUUCCGUUUUCGCAGUUGACGUCAGGUUGUGCUUUCAUGACAGGAGAACUAUUUUAUUCCCCAUCCCGUGAAAACGGUAAUAAUGUGUUCAUCAGGCAAUGAUUCUUUUUUGCUCCCAUGUUUGCUUUUGUCAGAUUAUAAAAGUGGCAUUGCGUGGUGGAACAUUAAAGCCGUGCACCACAGCAGGCUAGAAUGUGUGCGAAUUAUAUCUUUGCCUUCCAGUGUGGAGGGGAAUUUCAGCUUCAGUCAUGCAUUCAUGGGCAAUGUUGAGUUGUGUCCAAGCAGCUCCUCGUGAAGUGAAAGUCUGGUGACCUUCAAUUGCUGAGAGGUGGUACUCAGCUGCGUUUUCAGAUUUCUCAAAACUAUCGGUCACCUUUUUGGAGCUCAAGUAUUUGGAUGUUCCCAAGAGACAUAGAGAAAAACACUGUCAUAAUGCCGACCGGGAAGAUAUUAGUUGGAAAUGAAAGGAAAGUCUAAUUUGGAUUGUUAUAACUUCAUGUAUAAUUGAACUGUAGAGAUGGACACAGCUUCUACUUAGUUUUUUUUUUGGACAGAAUGUGGUUAGACUCUUCUGAAGCAAUACAUUCCAAAGGGAUUUAUGCUGCAUUUUACAGUCUUUACUAAAAUGGGACUAAAUGGUAAAUUGGCAUUUCAAUUUUUUUUUUACCAGGAGGAGUAUAAUACCCAACAUGAGAUAAUUGUCUGCACUUCUGAGUCAGAAUGACAGCAGAUUGUAUAUUAUGCGACGCACUGUUUGUAUAUUUCAGCACAACUUGGCAAAGCAAAGUUAAUUGAUAAUAAAUAAGUUUUUGCCUUUUCACUGGUGAAUUACUGGGUCUGAUUCUUGCUUAUGAGGGUUGAAUCAAUUUUGGAAAUUCUGAAUGAUGAUACAAGGGUCUGGAAUUCCAGUGAUUCUGUUGGAGUUGCAUUCACUUUUAGGCACUCAUCUGCAUUGUUGAUUUUUUUUUUGGAGUCAACUUAUUUAAAUGUGUGCAGGAUACAACAUCUCCAGAUGGACAGACUGCAACAUCUCCUGAUGUACUUUGGGAGUGGGAUUGUGGGAGAUGGAGAAAACUCUUGCCUGCACAUGAGGUGGGAGGUAAACCCCUUAUGGAACAUGGAGAAAGGUGAAGAUGAUGAGAGAAGGAGAGGGUUCACCUGGAACAGAGAGAGAAACUAAUGCAGUGACAGGAAGUAAAACCACAUCUUCCUUAGAGGAACAAAGGGGUAAAUAGGGAACCCGAGAGAUGAAGACACCAGCCCAGCCGUAGGAAACUAAUAGGAAACUUGAAGGGAUCUCAGACCUGCAUUUUCUUGCAACUAUGUUCGGGAUUGGGGCUGGUGACAAGAUUGUAGAUAGCACUUUGGGCAGGGUGUCUCCCCUGGAGCACCAGAACUGUGUUGUAGUAUAGGAACAGGUUUAGCAACUGUGUCACAAGAACAGUAAACUGUCUGAUCCUGCAACCCUUUGAGUGCAGUGUUCCUUCAUUCGUUAACUCAAGGAUUGACAGUGUGGGAUAUAGAAAUAGGCCAUUAAAUCAUUUGAGCUUCACUAUUGAAUUAGAUUAUUGCUCAUUUGUACCCAACUCCAUUUGUCUACUUCUGCUCCCAUGAUACCAUCAAUGAAAAUUUAUCAAUUUUAGUCAGACUUUUCAGUUGCCCCAGAAUUUACAGCCUUUGAAUGAGAGGUUACAAAUUCCCAAAAUCUUAUGAAAAAUGAAUUCAGAUGACACUACUGAAUGAUGUAACUACACAGGGGAGGUGAACCACAGACUGGAUAACCUCAUUGCAAAAUACCUACAUCUUGUCUGUAAAAAUGAACACAUUUCACCUGAGUUUCCAGUUGCCUGCCACUGCAACACAGUGUUCCCUGGCUAACAUAUCUGUCUCAGACCUGCCACAGUGCUCCAGCGAGGCUCAGUACAAGCUCGUUUUCUGGUUGGGGAUCUUGCAGCCUUCAUGACUCGAUAUCGAGUUCAAUGCUUCUAGAAUCUGAAACCACCUUUCACAUCUCUUAUCCAACCCCCACAUAUCUGUAAUGAUAUGGACUGGUUUCUGCGCAACCAACCCAUUUUCACCUACUUAUGGCCCCCAUUAUCAGCAUUUCUUGUUUCCAGGUUUAUUUUCAUCCAACUCUUCCUCUGUGUCUAAAUGUUCUUCUUUGUCUCUGGAAUCUGUCUCCACCUCUCCACUUACUCCCUAUCACCGUCUGCCUCUUUUCCUCACUACCACCCAUUCUGAAGAACUCAAAUAUUAACACUGCUUUCUCUCAGCAGGUGCUGCUGGAUCUGAUGAGUUUCUUCCAGCAAUUUCUGUUUUUUUUUUAAAAUAAUUUUGACAGUUGUUCUGAAAUUGUCCCAUUAGAGGAAUGUGAUUUUUGGUAUUUAUCCUGCUGAAUU